CAAGAAUGUUAUAAAAGCUAGUGAUUAGAGGGACUGGGUCUCUUCGCCUGCAACCACCUCACCGGGAACUUGUAGCAGCAGAGGCUCUGUCCACAGACAAAUCAGUCAAGAUGACCCACCAGUUUCCAGCACUGUCUGCAGAGCAGAAGAAAGCUCUGUCAGACAUUGCUCAGCGGAUUGUGGCUUCAGGAAAGGGAAUCUUAGCUGCAGAUGAAUCAGUGGGUACCAUGGGCAACAGGCUGCAGAGGAUCAACGUGGAGAACACAGAGGAGAACCGCCGGGCUUUUCGAGAGAUCCUCUUCACUUCAGAUGCUUCCAUCAACCAGAGCAUUGGGGGAGUGAUCCUCUUCCACGAGACUCUCUACCAGAAGGACAGCACUGGAAAGCCAUUCCCAACUCUCAUCAAAGAAAAAGGCAUUGUGGUGGGAAUAAAGCUGGACAAGGGCACAGCACCCCUUGCAGGAACAAAUGGGGAAACUACCAUCCAAGGGCUGGAUGGACUGGCUGAGCGCUGUGCCCAGUACAAGAAAGAUGGUGUGGACUUUGGCAAGUGGCGUGCAGUGCUGAAGAUCACCAGCACAACACCCUCUCAACUCGCCAUCCAAGAGAAUGCCAAUGCAUUGGCACGCUAUGCCAGCAUCUGCCAGCAGCAUGGCUUGGUGCCCAUUGUGGAGCCAGAAGUCUUGCCUGAUGGAGACCAUGAUCUGCAGCGCUGCCAGUAUGUCACAGAAAAGGUUCUGGCUGCUGUCUACAAGGCCUUGAAUGAUCAUCAUGUGUACCUGGAAGGGACACUGCUGAAACCCAACAUGGUGAUGGCUGGGGAUUCCUGCCCUAAGAAGUACACCCCUCAGGAUGUAGCUGUAGCAACUGUCACUACUCUUCUCCGCACCGUUCCUGCUGCUGUUCCUGGCAUCUGCUUCUUGUCUGGAGGUCAGAGCGAGGAGGAGGCUUCUGUCAACCUGAAUGCCAUGAACCAGUUACCUCUGCCUAAGCCUUGGAAACUGACCUUCUCGUAUGGCAGAGCCCUGCAAGCCUCUGCCCUGGCCGCAUGGGUGGGCAAAAGUGAAAACAAGAAGGCUGCACAGGAAGCCUUCCGCAAGCGGGCACAGAUUAACAGUUUGGCUUGCAAAGGACAGUAUGUCACGUCUGGGAAGACUGACACAUCUGCCACCCAGUCACUUUUCACUGCUAGCUACACCUACUGAAAAAGCAGGAACCUUCCUUUGUCUUGACCCUCUUC